UAAAUUAAUUAUUGAAAUUGGGCCAAAAACAAAAGUGGAGAACUAAUCUAUUCCGGCCUAGCGUUUGGGGCCACGGAUUUGGGCUUCCAUGCAAAAAUAAAAUAAAACAAAAAGGGAGGAAACGGUGCGUUUUAGUAAGAGCAAAGAUCUUGAAUCUCCGUCUUGCUGAGCGUGGAUCUGCGUUAGGGCACCGCAAGCAGCAACAGCAUAGUGUGCAAAACCACUUAAGCAAAAGGGUUUCAAUGGCUACUGUGCGAAGUCUGAAGAUCAAAACAAGUACGUGCAAAAGAAUAGUGAAGGAGCUGCAUUCUUAUGAGAAGGAAGUUGAGAGAGAAGCUGCCAAGACAUCUGACAUGAAGGAACAAGGAGCUGAUCCUUAUGAUCUCAAACAGCAGGAAAAUGUGUUGGCUGAGUCUAGGAUGAUGAUUCCUGACUGCCGCAAGCGCCUUGAGGCUGCUUUGGCAGACUUGAAAGGAAUAUUGGCUGAGUUGGAAGAGUCGGAAGAGAAGGAAGCCCCUGAAAUUGAUGAAGCUCGAAACACCAUUGAAGAAGUUGAAAAAGUAUUUGCAACAUCAGAAGCUCAGUAAGGUGUUCUGGUUGGUGCUCUUGCUGGAGGAUAUUAGGCCUGUAUUGUACAAUUUCCUGGUCACAAAAAAAAUCAUACAAUCUUCUUUUUGCUUGCGCCCUCUUCCAUGUCUAGUUCUAAGCUUCUAUAGAACAUCUGAUAAUGAAUGAGUGUGACACUGUUUUACAAAUCUAAUCUUGAUAGCAUGGUAUCAUUCUAUUAA